UCGGCCAGGCCAGGCUGCAUCGUCAGACCCCUCGAGCGGGAGCUGGAGAACUUGCCGGCCCAAGCUCUGCCGUGGUGCGGCUCGCGAUGGGGUCCCGCUUGGGGGCACACCGCCGCUGGCUCCCGGGGGCCGCCUCCGUCGCGAGGGUUUGAAGCGUGGCCGCCCGGGGGAGGGUGGACAGCCAGGCGCCGGGGCUGGAUCGCUGGCUGACCUUGGCAGGGCCGAUCUGGCUCGGCCGCCACCACGCGCAGAUGUUUUCAAGUCAGCAAACAUUUACUGAGCAUCUAUUAUGUACAAGAUGAACAUCUGCAACAAGCCCUCCAACAAGACGGCCCCGGAGAAGAGUGUGUGGACAGCAUCUGCACAGGCCAGUGGACCCUCCCCGGAGCUGCAGGGCCAGCGGUCCCGCCGGAAUGGGUGGAGUUGGCCCCCUCACCCGCUCCAGAUUGUGGCCUGGCUGCUGUACCUCUUCUUCGCUGUGAUUGGCUUUGGGAUCCUCGUGCCCCUCCUGCCUCACCAUUGGGUGCCUGCUGGCUAUGCUUGCAUGGGCGCCAUCUUUGCCGGCCACCUUGUGGUACACCUGACUGCUGUCUCCAUCGAUCCAGCAGAUGCCAACGUGCGGGACAAGAGCUACACAGGGCCCCUGCCGGUCUUCAACCGUAGCCAGCACGCACACGUCAUUGAAGACCUGCACUGCAACCUGUGUGAUGUGGACGUGAGCGCUCGCUCCAAACAUUGCAGCGCCUGCAACAAGUGUGUGUGCGGCUUCGACCACCACUGCAAGUGGCUCAACAACUGCGUGGGCGAGAGGAAUUACCGGCUUUUUCUACACAGUGUAGCUUCAGCCUUGUUGGGUGUCCUGCUCCUCGUGUUGGUGGCCACCUAUGUCUUUGUCGAGUUCUUUAUCAACCCCAUGCGGCUGCGCACCAACCGCCACUUUGAAGUCCUGAAGAAUCACACAGAUGUAUGGUUUGUGUUCCUGCCCGCGGCCCCGGUGGAGACUCAGGCUCCGGCCAUCCUGGCCCUGGCUGCCCUUCUCAUCCUUUUGGGCCUGCUUUCCACAGCCCUGCUUGGCCACCUGCUCUGCUUCCACAUUUAUCUCAUGUGGCACAAACUCACCACCUAUGAGUACAUCGUGCAGCAUCGCCCAUCACAGGAGGCAAAGGGGGCCCACAGGGAGCUCGAGUCAUGUCCCCCCAAGAUGCGAUCCAUUCAGGAGAUGGAGUUCUACGUGCGGACUUUCAGCCAUGUGCGUCGGGAGCCCCCUGGUCAGGCCAGGCCCACAGCAGCGAAUGUCGACCCCUCCCGGUUCUUUGCCACCCGCGGCCAAGAGGAGCCUGCCCCACCCUCCUCGCCCGAGGCUCUCGGGUUGCCCCCCCGGAUCCGACCCCAGAAAAAGAGGAAGCGGCGCGUGUAUAAAGUGCCGACCUCUGGGACCCUGGACCCGACGCCCGCACGACCCAGGCUGCCGGGGUCCCGGGCUUCUGGCCACCGCUCCAGCUCUUCGUCGGAUUCCGCGGGCGAGAGCCCGGUGCACGCCGCUGGCCCUGCGGACGCCUACCAUUCGGCUUCGGCCGAGUCGGUGGACGAGAUUCCGGUGGCGCAGACGCGUCUGGGUAGCGCGGCCCUGGCCACCCGCGGGGGCAGGGUCCGAGAGCCUGGGCUGGCACUGCAGGCGCGAGCGCUCGCGGUUUUCGUGAGCCCGAGCAGCGGCGAGCCCGGGGUGCGGGGCUGCCCGGAAACCGGCCUGGCCUAGCCCAGCCGAGAAGCAAGAGGGCCGAGGGGGAGCGGCCGGCCCGACUCUAUGCAACAGCCCACCCUCGCGCACCGUGUGCACUUUAGGGGCCUCUAAGGCCGGCGGGCCCCCCCUCCUCCACUCAGCAAUACCCACCCCACCGGCCAUGAUGCUCCAAUAAAUUUUUUUAUGCUUU